CACAAAAUGCGUUUCAUCCCGGCCAUGGUGGGGCCCGUCCUGGCGGUGACGUUGGUGCCCGAGCCCGAGCUGCGCCGAGCCACCAUCCCCAUCUUCUUCGACAUGAUGCAGUGCGAGUUCAACUUCAGCGGCAACCGCAACUUCCAGCAGUUUGAGAACGAGCUGAUCACCAGGCUGGACCAGGAGGUGGAGGGCGGCCGYGGGGACGAGCAGUACAAAAUCCUGCUGGAGAAACUGUGAGUGCUACAGC